UACACUCGCGAGCCGUAUGGGAGAACUACCGCUGGCUUUUAGGUUACGCACGUGGAGAGAUUCGCGAUUUUUUUCCUCCUCGCGGCGCGAGCGAUUCGCGGAAAAGACGCAGCUGGCUUUCCCGGGACUUUUUCGAGUCGCCGGAUGACCAGAAUUGAUCGAGGAUUCUUCAGACCGUUGGAGACUUUUUUUGCGAGAUUUCGCGAGAAGCGACUGGAAGGUUUUGGGGUUCGCGACGUUGUGUAAUAUUUUUGCGAAUCGCGGCGGAUUUUCCGGUAGUAAACGUUGUACUUAAUCGCUAUUUUUGUACGCUGAUUCUGUGACGUAGAUCGGAGGUUUGUUUAUGUUUUGGAAAGCCUGGACUUUCACAGCAGCUGUUAAUUUUUGCGGGACACGGUCAGCUGUGCCUUUUCGUCAUUACCUUGAUUUUACGUGCAUUUGUACUAAAGGCGUACUAACACUACUAAACCGCACAUCGGGUUUUAAAGAGUCAUUAGGAGAGAUCAAUCAACUAUUAUCAAACUACAGUUAUGUGUGUGGCUGGAAACCUACAAAGAAUGAUACCGAAUUCUUUAAUUUGUGUUGCACCCAUGAAAAUGGGGGAUACGGCUACUGGCCUCACUUGAAGCGAUGGUUCGAUCACAUAAAAAGCUUCAGUUCAGAGGAGCGAUCCAAAUUCCCUGAAUUGAAGCAAUCUAAUUGCGAACUAGCCAGUAAAAUCAGUCGUCUCACUACCGCUUCUUGUGGUGACAUAGAUGAAAAGAUAAAAGAAGAAGUGUCGAAACUUUUGGAACUGAAAGCACAACUUGGCGAUGAAAAUGUGGGUUCACAGAAACUGUUGCUUAAAACCCCAAAGGGCACAAGGGAUUACAACCCUGAACAGAUGGCCCUGCGACUAUCCGCAAUGGACAAAAUUGUUGCUAUUUUUAGGAAACACGGAGCUGAAACUAUAGAUACUCCAAUUUUCGAAUUAAAGGAAGUACUGACAGGGAAGUAUGGAGAAGAUUCAAAACUUAUAUAUGAUCUGAAAGAUCAGGGAGGCGAAAUUCUUGCCUUAAGAUAUGAUUUGACUGUUCCUUUUGCCAGAUAUCUGGCCAUGAACAAAAUCACUAACAUUAAGAGGUACCACAUUGCCAAAGUUUAUAGAAGGGACAACCCUGCAAUGACAAAAGGAAGAUACAGGGAAUUUUACCAAUGUGAUUUUGACAUUGCUGGUCAGUAUGAUCCAAUGUUGCCCGAUUCGGAAUGUCUACGUAUCAUCUACGAGGCUCUGAAAUCGUUAAACCUUGGACCGUUCACCAUAAAAGUAAAUCACAGGUGCUUGUUGGACGGUAUAUUCGCGACGUGCGGCGUUCCUCAAGAAAAGUUCCGCAGCAUAUGCUCGGCGGUCGACAAACUUGACAAGAGCCCGUGGGAGGAGGUAAAGAAAGAAAUGGUAGAAGAGAAAGGACUGGACGAGAAGAUCGCCGACAGAAUCGGUACUUACGUGUCAAAGAGCGGCGGCCGAGACCUCGUUGAAGAGUUGAGGAAAGACGCGGACCUUUUGAAACAACCCAGUGCUGUAGAGGGAAUCAACUCCAUGGAGCUUCUGUUGAAAUACUGCGAAAUUUUCAAAAUCAUGGAUAAUCUUGUUUUCGAUCUAAGCUUGGCUAGAGGUCUCGACUACUACACGGGUGUCAUUUUUGAAGCAGUAUUAACCGGUGACAACAUCGGAGUCGGCAGUGUCGCUGGCGGAGGCCGUUACGACAACCUCGUCGGUAUGUUCGACCCAAAGAACAAGAAUGUCCCCUGUGUCGGUAUGUCUCUUGGAAUCGAGCGUAUCUUCAGCGUGUUGGAAACUUCGAUCGCCAACCGAGGCAUGAAAACGCGCACGACCGAAGUCCAAGUGUUCGUCGCCACUGCUCAAAAGAAUUUGCACGAAGAAAGGAUGCUGAUUCUCGCGGAACUGUGGGAAGCCAACAUCAAAGCCGAGCAGUCCUAUAAGAAGAGUCCGAAGCUGUUGGCUCAGCUGCAACAUUGUGAAGAGUAUGGCAUACCACUGGCCAUAAUCGUUGGCGAGGGAGAACUCAAGAGGGGUGAGGUUACGUUGAGGAACGUGAAGACGAGAGAAGAAGCAUCUAUUCCGAGAGCAAACCUGGUCGAAGAACUGAAAAAGAAGUUGGACACUUUUGACUUGUCCGCGGUGCAUUAAAUCGCUGAGUCUGAGAAGAUUGCGUUAAGUCAAGGCUCAUUUUUAAUUUUGUUUUAUUUUUCAAAUAGAAUCUUUAUCUAUGCUUCUGAUUUGAAAAAUAAAAUAAAAACGUGAACUGAUGCAGUAAUCUUUGAAAGCAUUUUUUACGUGUGAAAUUUAUUACGCAUAUAAAAUAUUAACACUUACGAAGUAUUUGUAAUGGAACAGAUACCUCAGAACAGGCUGAAAACCCAUUUUGUAAAUAUAUUUUUCGGCUUUAGGACAAUUUUAUCCAUACAAUUGAAUGUAAUCGAUAUUUUGUAUUGCGUAAGAAAAUUUUGCUCGUGUUUCUCGCCGUGCGAGAGCGGAGACCUUGAGGCACUAUGACGUUUUUUUACAAACUGCUAUCUUCCACACUUGGACUGAUUAACACUUGCAAUGUAUCCUCGCUCCUAUAUGAUAUUGGCAACUGCAUUAUAUACAAAGCAACUUUUGCGUCUAAUGGGAGGGAGAAUCCAAAGAUGUUAGCUCACUCUCUGAUGCACCAGUAGGCUAUUUUAUAUAAAAUCACGUAUACUUGCAAAUGGAGAAUUAAGUGUAUGGCUUUCUUUUUUUUUAAUAAGUGAUCUUUCUACGUAUAUAUAAUUUAAUUUAUUGCAUAAAAUGUUCACAAUAUGCGUAUCAAAUUCUUACAUUUCAUAAUUUACACAUUAAAGGCUCAUUUCGUCAAGUGUAGUCGUGUUAUAACUCACAAAAUACACGUCGAAUUGUACUUUCACGGUGACUAUUCAAUCUGAUAUUAGCUAACUCGUAAGAAACACUAUUCGAACUUUUGGUUUUCGAUGUUAAAUACUUUUGAUGAUAUGACUAUAUGUUUAAAAUAUACAACAUCGAACGAAAUCAUGCAAAGCAAAUAAAGUUUUUCAAAAAAACAAA